ACGACUCUGGACCCCCGAGAGACCUGGGCGACGUUUCUCCGUCAUUCUGAGAGGACGCAGACUGCCAGACCUAAGAAGAAAGUGGAUCCGUCUUUUCUCAGAAUGGAAGGACCGCAGGGCCCCCCUGGUCCCAGAGGUCCCAGAGGCCCACCGGGUGCCAACAUCACGCGAGAAGAUAUGUUCAGGGAAUUCAAGGGGCUCCUGAGAGAGGCUGCAGAAAGGCGAGCCCAAGUUAUGGCUGAAAUGCAGUGCCACAACACGACAAACUGCACCCUGCCUUUAUCGGGUGACAUGAACGGGAGCGACUCCCUGUUGCCGUGGCUGCCACCCCUGGUGGAGAUCGACCGCGCCAGCAUGAUGCCCCGAGCUCAGUCAGGCUUCUUCUGGGAGCUCUCGGACGAAAUGCGAGCGCGGAAGGGCAAGGAGCUGCGCCUACACCCUUUUCACAGGGUGAAUGUUCGAGUGUGGGAACUAUAA